UCUUUGUUUGGUUGAAUAAUUGCUACUUGUUAUGUCCGUUUAUAUUAUAUAGUUUCAUAGGACCUAUUUGAAUGUGAAGUUUUCAUUAUGUCGAUAGAAGGUUUGAUUUUAUUCAAUUAAUUCGACCUUUCAUGCUAAUAUUCCACUUUUCCACAAAAAUUAAAUCUUUACAUGACAAAUUUAAAAUCGUCCCACAGAAAUUCAUUGUUAAAAUAGCUAUAGUAUUGGAUUAUUGUAUUGAGACAUGUCCCUAUUUAUUAAAAUUAAAACUCUGUAUCUAAAACAUAUUAAGAAAGCUGUUUGUUUUUUCUGUAUUUCAUGUAUGAAUUAUUGUUACAGUAUUCUUAAACAGUACUUUCUCCUUCAUAAUAUAUCACUAACUAUUAUUUAUUCCAUUGUAAGGAAUCCACUUGAGUUAAAUGUUCAAUAUUAAAAAUAUAUACUACUUCAAUAUUACAAAUAUUUGAAUAAAAUUUCAGUUUCUAAAUUAAAGUGCAAUUGUUAAUUUGAACACCCACAUUCAUAUAAUUUAGUCCUAAGUCCAAUGUUAUUAAAAGUUGAUGAAACAACUGAAUAAUAUAGCAAAUUUAUGAAAUUUUUUUGUAUAAAACUGACUCAAUCCUUUAUAGUUAUAGGUAAUCAAAAUGAUGAAAUUAAAAUAAAACAAGAACAAUUUGAAGAUGAUGAGCAAGAAUGUUAUGAUUACACCCAUAGCACGUUUAAUGGUAGUAAUGACCUGUUAGACGUUACUACAGUGAAAGAAGAAAUCAAGACUGAGUCUUCAAAUGAGCCAUGUACUGAAAAUGUAUACAUGGUGUUACCCCAGAUUAAAGAUGAGAUAAAAAAAGAAAAUUCAAGAGACAAUUCUUUACCUUUCCCUGAUGUUUGUAAUAUAUGGCUUGAUUCUACCCAAGAAGAUCAGUAUUAUCCUGAAAAUUGUAAAGCUGAGCCUGAAGAAGAUGAUAGCCUUCAAGAAGAUGGGCUGCCUGACUCUAUGCAGGAGUAUUUCCCGGAUAUAAUGCCACAUUUUCUAAUUGAAGGGACUGAAUCUGAUCAACUUUUGCAACCAAGAGUUGUGAGCUGUCACAAAUGUGGGGAAGUAUGUAGUUUAGAAACCUUUAUGGAACAUAACCAAUUAAGACACAAGUACAAUUAUAAAACUAAACCAACCCGAGCCCGCAAAUCUAAAAAAAGAAAAAAUGUUAGAAAAUAUGUGUAUCCAUGUCCUUACUGUGGAAAAUGUUUACCCAACAUAUCACAAUUAAAAAUUCACAUACUCACCCAUACUCAGGAAAGACCACAUAAAUGUCCAUUUUGUGACUAUCAAGGUAAUCAGCCAAUUCAUGUGGAUUGUCACAUAGAAACGAAACAUCUUAACAUACGACGUUUUAAAUGUGAAUUAUGUGAUUAUUCUGCUAGUACAUUAGGUUGUUUAAAGAAGCAUAAAAGAACGCAUCAUAUUAGGAAACAAGAGGAGCCUCGUCAGUGCCCCUAUUGCGAUGUUGUCACACUUAAGCUUAUUUCUAUGCAAAAUCAUAUUAAAAAAAAACAUAAAAAAAAGUAAAAUCAACUUUUAGUGUAAGGAAUGAUGGGAAUAAUGGAACUUUAAAAUAAUAAUGUUUCAUUUUUACGUUUAGUGAUGAUAGUUACAGAACUUAAUUCUGUUACUACAUAAUGGUUUGCUCUAAUAGUAAUAACAUAAAAAGUAUUACAACUUGUUAUUAAUGUGUAAAAUUAAAUACUUUAUUUUACUCCUAAUAAACGAUUAUAUUUGUCACCAUACUCUCCCUAAUUUCUACAAUGAAUAAGGUUAAUAACAAUCUCACCUAGAACAGAUAUUACUAUGUUAAAAUCAUGCCAAAGUUAGAGAAAUACAAUGUAGUUUAUUAAUAAAAAUUAUGAAUCAAACUAAUAGGAAAAACUAAAACGAAACAAGUGAAACAAAAAACUUAAUUCAGAAAUUAAAUUAUAAAUUAAAAUUUGGUUUCUUACCGCCAAUAUGUUGGUUUUUCAAUCAGAAGCACUGACAUUGUUGAAAGUUAACUAUAACUGCAAAACAGUUAUGAUCGUCAAACAAACCUAAAUAUGACCAAAAAACAACUAACAACAAUUGAAGGUUGAGGCAGCCAUACAACAGGAACUGUAAAAUUAAGUGCUUACGUGUUCGAUGAUGUCAUAAAAAAAAAAAAAAAUGUAUAUUUUCAUUGUAAUUACUAUAAAGCAAACCCUUGUUUUAAUGCAAAUAUGUUAUAAUUAUUUUUUAAAUAUUUUAUUAGCUUAAAAAAAUGUUAGAUAUUUUUCAAUUAAAUAAAUAUUAUUAAUGUUGUCGUAUGUUUUUGUUUAUCCUUUUUUUUUGUUUAUGACCUAAUAUGACUUUUUUAUUGUAUGGUUAAUUUUUUGUUUUAAUUUAUAUUUUUUCCUUAUUCAGCAUUUUGGUUGUUCAGAAAAAGAUGUGUAAUGAAAAUAAAGCACGCUGUUCCAGUAGCUGGAAGACUGAUAAAAAAUUAAAUGUUGGAAUGUAAAAAAUUAAACACGGAAAGAAAACUAACUGAGCAAAUAAGUUUACUUCCAUUUAUAUGGUAGAUAAAUAAAUUUUGGCAAACAUACUUUUAUUACAAUAAUCAUUUCUUCACUAUUUACACUAUCUUUCUUAUGUACAUAUUAAUAUACAUAUUAAUUAUUUUAAAUAAAUCUGUAUUGGAAUGUAUAGAAUAAGUAUAACAAAAAAUAAUUGGUAUAAUAUAAAAAUGUUACAUAUCUUCAACAAAAACUUCUGUCAUGUAAUUAACACAAGACAGAAGUGCCAAUGAAAUUCGUGCAAUGUUAACGAUUAACAUAAUUAUUUCACAUUAACAAAAAAAAUUAAAUUCCCAAAACACUAAUGAUCCAAUAUAUAAAUGUAUGCCAAUAAUGGUCGUCACAUUUUAUCACCAUGAGGAGGUAAAUUGCACUAUAUUGUAAUAACUACAAAUAUAAAAACAGAUUAUAUGUACAAAAAUUAUUAGUUGAUUAAAGUAUAUUAAAAAUAUAUCUCGAUACAAUUUUAUUAACAUUUCUACAAUUAGAAACAUGAUUGAGAUUAUCCCAUCUCGUAUAGCUAUGCCCAUAAAAUGACCUAAGGCGUAAUCCCUUCUGCUAAAUAUCUACUAUAUUGAACACAAGGUAAAUAUUACCUUUACCAUUACAUCUAUAAUCAACUGCCUAUAAAUGUCUGUUUUAAAAAAUAAACUUUUAUUUCAACAUACUAUUGACCAUAGGGCAUUGAAAUGAAUAAGUUAAAUUAUACAUAACUAUGUUUAUGACUACAGUUCCAAUGGCAGUGGUGGAAUAUCACUUAAUAGUUUUGUAAAAAAAAAAAAAAAAAUUGUGAGAUAAAACUACAGCAAUUAACAGCACAAAGGUUAUUUAUUAAAAAAAAAAUAUACUUGUAGAUAUUAAUUGUGUGCCAACCAAUAAGCGUUAAACUGCCUUUUAGGCAGUUAAAAGUAAACAAAAUACAAAUUUUUAACCAAGCUAUCUAUACCAGAGAUCUUUUUUUUGCUAUUUCUAUGACAGAAAAUGAUGAUUUUCCGCCACUGCAGUUUCAAUAAAUACUAAUUAAAUUACAUACUGAAUGUAAUUAUAUACCAUUAUAUAAUAAUGAAAACCAAGCUAUCAUGAAAUUCAAUCUAAAGCUGCGUUUUCAUUGAAUUGUUAUGAAAGUGCAAAAAGCUAAUGACAUAAUUGGGAUACAAUAAUAAAAAAAAAAAGAUUACAGAUGAUAAUAAUAAUCGUGAAUACUUGAUUUAGACCAGCAACACAUUUAAUUUAUAAAUUGCUUAAUAAUAUGGGGUUCAGACUGCUAUUUGAGGUAUUAGUACCUUUUAUGAUCUAUAUUUUUUAUUACAUUAAUUUCCUUCAGAAUAUGAUGGCUGAUUAUUAAUAAAACAGAGUAUUAUUUAUCAUUCCAUCAUCUACUUUAUAUUUAAAUAUAUAUAUAGUAUCCGACUUAUUUGUUGGUCAUCACAAGUAUUCAAUAGUUUUAACAAAAUCUAUUCUUCCUCAAAUUGUAUAUAAAUUACAAAGAUACAACCAUAAUACACAAUAUUAUGGUAAGAUUACAUGAUAUAUAUCAGCUACGACAUGAUUAUUCCAUUUAAACUGAUAAAAAAGGCACCAGCUCCUAAUAAAUAAUAAAAAUAAUUCAUUUUAUUAUUUAAUGAAUUAAAAAUAAUAAUUUCAAGGAUGUAAUGACAUUCACAUGUAUGAGUGCAAAUUAGCUAUACUAAACUACAGACGAUUUGUGCUUAGAAAAGUUUUGGAAUUGAAAUAUAAGCCCUGACGAUGAUUUUAAUUAAUACAAGAGUAUAAAAAUAUAUCACUACAAUGAAUUCAAAUACAGUAAAUAAACUACAUUUACAGUAUUUAUUUUACUGUAGAUGAACACAGAUAUUUAGAAAUAGGCAUUGAUGAGGCCAAGUUUUAUUCUUUUUGAAUGUUACAUUUAUGCUAUGAGGAUAAUAUAAUAUGACUUUGAAUUAAUUAGAUGUCCUAAUUUCAGGUGGAAUAUUCAUCAAGAUAUCUACUUAACCUUAUUCUUUGACUUAAUACGCUAAUAAUGCCUUUAGUUAUUGCUUAAAGAUUAAUUUAUCCCCUACUUUUGUUUACUAAAAAAAUUUAUACCUGAAUAUUAUAAAUUACUAAGUACCAUGAGGGCUGUCGGUUAAGAAGUAGUUAAAUUUAUGUUUAGUUAUAUUUUAUUUAUUUUUUAUUGGAUGAAGAAUACAUAUGUUUGGAAACUUGAUUGGUAGCAAAGAUCGGUGAGUGAGAUUUAUUUAGUCAAAGGCCUUCAGAAAAGUUAUUUCCUUAUGGGUCCUUGAAAUCUUGACCUAUGUAAUCCAGUAGUGUGCCAUUUCAGCAUCUUCAGCAGUCCGGUAUUUUCAGGCAACGUAUGUAAGGGAUAAAAUAGUAAAAUACAAGAGAAAGCUUUUUCUAACUGAAGUCUUACAUUCUAUCUGGUUGUCUACCUAAUUCCCAUUUAAUCUAUUUGAAAUUUUGCUUAAGGUCAAGCAAGUAAACUAUGAAUAUCAAAAUUUAAAAAGGGAUUGCUUGAAAUGAUUAGUUAUAAAUAUUCAGUUAUAUUGUUAAUAAUUACCGAACUAAGUGUCUGGCGAAAUCCAAGUAAGAUUGUAAUAUUGUUUAUUAAUAUUUUAUUUUAAGAGUAAAUGGUUAUUACGAUGUGUUUUAAAAAUUUGUGUUUAACUUAUAUUCAUUAUCGAAUCUCAGAAGAUAAAAAGCAAUCCACAAAAUGUCCACGCAUUUUGGAAAAAAAAAAUUUCCUAUUUGGUUGAAAGAUUCUUGAUGUCACCUAACUUGUUAAAUUUAUGAAAUAAUCACAAUACAUAUUAAAUAAAAAAAAUUAAACUACUAGGGUUAGCAAUUAAGGUAAAAGAGAUUAAUAAUUUUUUUUUUAAACGACAAUUAAAAUUAUAUUUAUACAUAUUAAAAUUUUAAACUGAAAUAAUUUUAGGAAAUGGCAUGGGACUAUUUAUAUUUUCGAACAAAGAAACUGAUUCAUAUAAACAAAAAUAUUAAAAUUAAAUUUACCUAAGCGGAAAGAAUUUUAAAACAUAAAUCAUGAACAUCAUAUUUUUCUAAAGCUAUAUUAAGUUUAUAAAAAUAUAUAUGACCGACCAUUUUAGUUUUCACUCAUUAUUGUCAUAGGUUUCGUUUGAAAAGUUAAUAAACAUUUUCAGCAUUAAAACUGAAAACUUGCCUGUUUAUUUUUUGUCACAUACUAAUUUUUUCCAUUAUAUUAAUCCAAAAAGUUUUCGAGAAAAUAAUCAAUGAACACAACAUUUUUAAUAGUUAUAUUACAUAUACAAACAGACAUACGCUAGCUGUUUAUCUAGAAACUGUAUACAAAAAAAAAAAAAUUGAAUUUUUUUAUUAAAUAAAGCUAUUAGUAUGUUCCCCAGAAUAUUAAUUAUUAAAACAAUAAAUAUGAACACAUUGUUUUUUAAAUGUUGGCAUGUUACUAUGGAAAAAACAAGAAACUUUAUUGAAAAUGUUGGUAUAAUUAGGCUUUAUUACAAAAAUAUUUUUAGUUUAAUAAAUUGAAUAUCCCAAACCUACCAUUCUAAAGAUGUGAAAGUUACUAUAAUAUAAUUUAAUUAGUGAAUAUCUGACUCUUUCAGGUUGCAAAUAGUCCUUUUUUGUAAAACAAAAAUAUUUACGUAUGCUUACGUGUAACAAGAACCUAUUACUAAAAUCUUUUAUAAAUCAAAAUUACUUCACAAUUUAUUCAAAUAGAUUGAAAAAAUAACUGAAAAUUUCAACCUCUGAAAAUAAUUCACUAAAUUUUCUGUAAAAAAUAAUUAACAAUAACAAUAAUAUCCAUCAGCAAGGAAAAGCCAAUUUCAGCUCGAGCAGAGAAAAAAUAAUGAAAAGCAUUUUAUAGUGUUUAUAGUUUUAAUUAUGCUAACAUUUUACUAAUACCUCUAUCCCUUUCUAAAAUACAUGGAAUCUUUUAAAAACAUACAACAAACAAACAAUCUCUUCUAUCAAUAAAAAAAAAUUAUUGAAAACUAUGUUAAAAUCUGAAUCUUUUCUAGGUGGAUUCUUUUUUUUUUUUUUUUUUUUUUGCAGAUCAUAAAUAAGAGAGUAGAAUUCCAAACAAGCAUAAAAUACAUUUUUAACGAAUAGUUAUCUGCUAUUCUGUGUUAAAUAAAAACAAAAAGUUAUAUUUCAGUCAGUAAAAAAAUUGAUUUGGGAAUACCAACAUCACCCCUUUCACAAAACACAAAAUCAAACUUGCAAAUUCUGUAAAAUGACUUGACUAAAUUUGAAAAGUUUAAACUUAAUUUUUAAAAGGUCUGAAUAUAGACUUGGAAAUGCUAUUUAUAUUUGUUGAAAACAAUAACUUUAGAAAAAAAGAAUAAACAUACGUAGUUUAAAAUAUAGGUUACCAAGAUAAUAAUUAAAAUACUAUUCAUAGUGCAAAGAGUAUUUUAAAUGAAUACACUAAUAAAUAGCAUAUCAUCAUUCAUAUAUUACAGAUUUUAAAGACAGCCUCAAUACUUCUAAUUAUGAAACAUAAACACCCAUCAAAUUCAGAGAUCACCUGAUAAAAUUAAGGAAAUUGAUUUUCAUCACUGUUCACACUCAUACAUGUGAUACAUCAUAAACUGAAAAUCCUCAAGACAAAAAAAAAAAAAAAUCAUUGACCUGACUUAAUAUAAAAAUAAUGGUAUGAUGCACUAAUGGUAUUAUAAUAGGGUAGUAGCUAAGAAACAGGACUAGAGAGCCCCGCUAUAGAGAAAGCAAUAGCAGUGCUGGGUUAGGAUGCAAACCUAUGUCUUCAGCGGCGAUGGCCACGCCUAUAUUCUUUAACAACUAACUAGGAGCAAGUGCUAUGUUAUCGCAGGUGUCGGCAAGUUUUCUUCUUCUGGCUGUCCUUUUGCCUUUGGCUGCAAUCAAAAUUAUAUUAUUAAGAUUGUAUCUACCUCACAUUGAUUAUUUUUUAAUUUUAUGGAUAAAUUUGUUUUCCUUUCGAAAAAGUUCUAUCAAAGGAUGAUUUAAUAAGUUAUUUUACAUUUCUGAUGUCCUAAUAAUAUAUUGCUGCGGUACAGAGACAAAAUAAAAAAUGUGUGAAUUCUUGAUUUUGAGAUCCAAAAAGUUUUC